AUGACGCAGAAUUAUGUGCCAGAUUUACCAUUCGCCAAUAUGACGCGAGACGGAGAGGGUCUAGGUAUUACCUACGUCAAUGGCAGUCAACAAUUCUGCUGCGAUUGGAAUGUGACAUUCAACGAUACUUACGAAUACGAAUACUUCUUUGAAGGUCUUGGCGUCGAGUCAAUUAUCAUCCCGGCUAUAUUUGCGCUCAUUUUUUUCGUCGGUGUGAUCGGUAAUGGUACGUUAGUGCGGAUAGUUCUCUGUAACCCACCCAUGCGAAGCGUACCCAAUAUAUUCAUAGCAAGCCUGGCUAUGGGAGACCUUCUACUACUGUUUGUAUUCGUACCUUUCAACGCCAUUACCUAUAUGACUACAUCGUGGCCGCUCGGUGAAGGAAUGUGCAAGGUCAUAAACUGCGUUCAGGUGGCCAGUACCGGCGUUUCUGUGUUUACGCUGACGGCGUUGAGCGCCGAUCGCUACCACGCUAUCGUCAACCCAAUCAACAAGAAGGCAACGGACAUGAUGCAACGUACAUACACAGUAGCCAUACUUAUUUGGUUGUUCGCCAUUGCGCUGGGUAUACCGACUCUAGUGCUAGCAACGGUGGUUCCAUUCUACUUCCCCAAUAACUCAACAGUCUAUUAUUGCCAAGCUAUUCCGAUGUACAUGACCUUGGUUACAAAAGGACAUACAGCGGCCAUGGCCAUCGUGUUAUACCUCGUACCUCUUAGCAUCAUCAGUGUAUACUACGUACUCAUAGCCAUCAAGCUUAUACAGAGCUCAAAACACCUUAUCGGGGAAAAUCGACGUAACGAUACCAAACAACUGAAAGCCAGAAAACGGCUGGCUAAAGUCGUGCUUGUAUUUGUACUUAUCUUCGGCAUAUGUUGGUUGCCCCAUCACUUGUUUAACAUAAUGCUAGUUUUCAGUCCAGACACGACCUACAUGCAGACGUACGGAAUGAUGUUCUUCAAGUUUUUAGGUACCGUUAUGGCGUAUGCUAAUUCCUGUGUGAAUCCCCUGGCUCUUUAUUUUCUGAGUAACACGUUCAAGACAUAUUACAAGAAAUACAUCUUGUGCUGUUUUAAAUCCAAACAUCGCAAGAAAAUGAUGGCGAGGAAAUACCGCGAACAUACCAACAUGCGAUACUCGUCAAGUCGUGACAUGGUCAGUCGCACCACGCAACGAACAAUAAUUUACUCUGUCUGAGAACGUGCACUUGUUGAAUUAUAUUCACAAGUCACACGUCUGUCUGCAUGGAAUUAACGGUAGCCUAUCUACGAUAGACAGUUAUACCACACUAUCUAAAUCAGGUAGCAUGUGGUCAUCUGCAAAACAAACCAGAGUGUUUUUUUCCAAAGAGUACUAUAUUGUAUAGUUUGCAUUAAAUUGACGAAACAUGUUGCUUGUUCAACUUUUUGUCAUAGUAACAACGCUGUCUGUCUCAAACAUACAUAUAUCAAUAUUGUUUGUUGACCAUAAAUUGAGAAAUUGUAUAAACAUUUGCAUUUACACACAAAAAAAGUUUUCUUUAUUAGUUCUCAACGGAGGAGAAAGAGUGCUCGUCCAUGUUGAUUACGCAAAGUCAAUAUUUCUUUCUUUAAUAUAUGUUGUAUGUAUUUUAUUGUUUAGUCGUAAAGAAGAUAUACGGAACAUACUGUGUAUAAUAACACAGACAGAUCAUCAAUAUAUUUUUCAUGCGUAAGCAAGACGAAUUGUCGGUGCCAAAUUACCACCUCAACACGUCAUACACUGGAUAUAUGUAUAAUAUUUACAGUUUCAAUAUGAGUAAAAAAAAUAUUUCUAUAUUUCGUAUUCUGAAAAACCAAACAAGUCGCUGUUUCAUGUAGCUAAUUUUGUAAAUUUAGUGUGCAUCUAUUUGUUUAGUUUUAUCACAACUAUUGUUUUUCUAAAAAUCUGGUUGUUCGUGCAUUAUUGUAUUAGUGCAUUAUGGGUAGGAGAGUUGUCCCGGAUGUAAACAUGUUCUAAGGAGACUAUAGCGAGAUUAUAGGAUUAUUAUCUUACGUCUUAGUCAUAAUAUAUUUAAAGUGACAGUUACUGAGAAAGGGCGCUAUACUGUUAAUCAGAAAUAUUUUGCUCGCAAAAUAUCAUCUGGGAGAUGAGUUACUUGCAGGGAGGCGCUUUAAUUACAAAUCGUUUAUCUUAGUGUGAUUAAUCCACUGGACAACACGUAUUGCCUAUAUAGCUGCUGGUAUCACAGAUGAUAGACCAAAUAGUAUCACAUCUUCGCUAUCCAUACAUGCCAGCGACACGUAUUAGCCCUGUACAACGAAGCCACGUUAGAGCGCGGCUAUUCGUUAACGGCAUGGAAGCUCUAUUGCCGCCUUGUAAAUUGCAUAUGCUAAUAUACUCGGUGUGAAAGUUAUAAACUAGGGCGUUAAACAACAAAAUAUUGUUGGAGCAAUCGAGUGAAUCGCACCCAAUAUACAAUAUUACAAAUGUGUUUACGUUGUGGGCGUUUGUGUUUAAUCGGAUUAUCCCGGAACAACAAAUUUAAAUAUACAUUUAUAUUCCCAUAUAUGGUGUUCUCAAUGAUGGUAAUGUUCAUUGCUUGCUAUAGUAAUGUAUAUAUUUGAUAUAGAAUGACGCAUGCGCAUGCGAUGUUUGUCAAUUGCACUAUGACUUCUAACGUUUGGCACAUUCACAUAAUUAUGGACAGUUAUAGCCAAUACGAAAGUGGCGUUUUCGUUGGUUUUCCGAACAAAUGUUCUAUUAUCUAGACACGUCUCGACGUUAAAAACCACAAGCACAAUGGCCGCAAUAGAUCAUAUGACGUAAUUGUAAGUGCCAUAUGUUUCUGACUGGCUGAUUGGCUGACUGACUGACUGCGGCGAUUAGUACAUUUCAAUAUUCAUUUUUUGCAGUAACAACUAAUUUCAAUUUUACCUAAUAGUUAGUUUGUGACUAAUUUAUUAUAAUGGAAAUUAUAUCUUUCUAAAUAAAUGUAUGUAUUCUGA